AGGCUGCUGCGUGUAUGCAGCCAGGGGUAGCAGCCACCUCAGGGUCUGAGUCUGGAUUCAUGCUGAUAACCCCUUCAGCUCCACCAUGGCCUUUUAAAGUCAGCGAGGAGGUUUUUGGGGGGCCCAGAAGCCCUGAGCCCAUUGGCCAGAACUCCUGGGAGAACCAGGGCAGAUUUGCAUCAGAAAGAACACUGGCUUCAUUGAAAUUCUCCUCAUUUUGAGUGAAACAAAACCACAAAGAAAAGGAAAGUUUUAAUCCUGAACAACUUCAGCACUGAGGAGCGCUUUUUGAGCUUCUAAAAAUAGAGAGGAAAUGGGCCUCUUUGGGUCACUCUGGUCUCCGCCUCCCCCUGCCCCAUGCCCGCCCCCACCGCCCACUCAAGGCCAGCCUCUCACAGUGGGUGACUGGGCUUUCUUCAGCAGAUGACCAAGGCAGAUGCCACGCAGCUCUGGAGCUGGAUACGGCUGCCCCUCCAGGGAUCCCAGCAUGCCGGACAGCAGAGAGGGCCUGGCCGAGAGCCGGCACGACAAGGUGGAGACCACCCAGGAAAGCUUGAAAACCAGCUCCCAGACUGAUGGGCAGACGCUCUCCAAAGAGUCCCUAAGCCACGCUCUCGAGCUCUCGGCCCCAGAGAAGGUGAAGGAUGGCCAGCUGGAGUCUCCAGAGGAGGCCCUGUGGACAACACGGGCUGAUGGAUGUGUGCGCCUGCGCAUUGACCCCAGCUGCCCCCAGCUGCCUUACACGGUGCAUCAGAUGUUCUACGAGGCCCUGGACAAGUACGGGAACCUCAGCGCACUGGGCUUCAAGCGCCAGGAUAAGUGGGAGCACAUCUCCUAUUCUCAGUACUACCUGCUUGCUCGCAGAGCCGCCAAGGGCUUCCUGAAGCUCGGCCUGGAGCGGGUGCACAGUGUGGCCAUCCUCGGCUUCAACUCCCCGGAGUGGUUUUUCUCCGCCGUGGGCACGGUGUUUGCAGGUGGCAUCGUCACUGGCAUCUACACGACCAGCUCCCCCGAGGCCUGCCAGUACAUUGCCCAUGACUGCCGCGCCAAUGUCAUCAUGGUCGACACGCAGAAGCAGCUGGAAAAGAUUCUGAAGAUCUGGAAACACCUGCCACAUCUAAAGGCAGUCGUGAUAUACAAAGACCCUCCUCUGAGGAAGAUGGCCAAUGUGUACACGAUGGAGGAGUUCAUGGAGCUGGGGAAUGAGGUGCCCGAGGAGGCUCUGGACUCCGUCAUCCAUGCCCAGCAUCCCAACCAGUGCUGUGUGCUGGUCUACACGUCGGGCACCACCGGGACCCCCAAGGGUGUGAUGCUGAGUCAAGACAACAUCACAUGGACAGCGCGCUAUGGCAGCCAGGCUGGUGACAUCCAACCAGCAGAAGUCCAGCAAGAGGUGGUGGUCAGCUAUCUGCCGCUCAGCCACAUCGCUGCCCAGAUCUACGACCUGUGGACAGGCAUCCAGUGGGGGGCCCAGGUGUGCUUUGCCGAGCCUGACGCCCUGAAGGGGAGCCUGGUGAACACACUGCGUGAAGUGGAGCCCACAUCCCACAUGGGGGUGCCACGCGUGUGGGAGAAGAUCAUGGAGCGCAUCCAGCAGGUGGCCACACAGUCGGGCUUCAUCCGGCGCAAGAUGCUGCUGUGGGCCAUGUCAGUGACCUUGGAGCAGAACCUCACCUGCCCUGGCAGUGACCUGAAGCCCUUUACAACCAGACUGGCAGAUUACCUGGUGCUAGCCAAGGUCCGCCAGGCACUGGGCUUUGCCAAGUGCCAGAAGAGCUUCUACGGGGCAGCCCCCAUGACCGCAGAGACGCAGCACUUCUUCCUGGGUCUCAACAUUCGCUUGUACGCGGGCUACGGCCUCAGCGAGACUUCGGGCCCCCACUUCAUGUCCAGCCCCUACAACUACCGGCUCUACAGCUCGGGCAAGGUGGUGCCAGGCUGCCUGGUGAAGCUGGUGAACCAGGACGCGGAGGGCAUCGGUGAGAUUUGCCUGUGGGGCCGCACCAUCUUCAUGGGCUACCUGAACAUGGAGGACAAGACACGUGAGGCCAUUGACGAGGACGGCUGGCUGCACACGGGUGACGCUGGCCGCCUGGAUGACGACGGCUUCCUCUACAUCACGGGGCGCCUCAAAGAAUUGAUCAUCACAGCUGGUGGGGAGAACGUGCCCCCUGUGCCCAUCGAGGAGGCCGUGAAGAUGGAGCUGCCCAUCAUCAGCAAUGCCAUGCUGAUUGGGGACCAGAGGAAGUUCCUGUCCAUGCUGCUCACCCUGAAGUGCACGCUGGACCCAGACACCUCAGACCCGAUGGAUAACCUGACAGAACAAGCUGUGGAGUUCUGCCAGCGGGUGGGCAGCAGGGCCACCACAGUGUCCGAGAUCGUGGGGAAGAAGGAUGAGGCUGUUUACCAGGCCAUUGAAGAGGGGAUCCGGAGAGUCAACACGAAUGCAGCAGCCCGCCCCUACCACAUCCAGAAGUGGGCCAUCCUCGAGAGGGACUUCUCCAUCUCGGGAGGAGAGCUAGGCCCCACAAUGAAACUGAAACGGCUCACGGUUCUGGAGAAGUAUAAGGAGAUCAUCGACUCCUUCUACCAAGAUCAAAAUAUGUAGCCAGGGGCCAUGCUUGCAGUACCCACAGAACAGAUGGCAGGCCUCCCGAGCACGUUCUUGAGCCCCAGGCACCCUCAGUGUGGACGCAGGCGUUCCUGGAAAGUCUGUUAGGUCUCCAAGUCAAGGUGUGGCACUGGCAUUCACCAGGUCUUAGGCCAACAAUAGCUGACAAUUCUGAGAAGCUUCACAUGUGGGUAGUUUUAGUUCUAUUUAAGUAUAGCUUUUUGUUCAGGUGACAAAUGAGACCAGCUCUCCUUCCAGAACUAAAGGGCUGAUGAUUUUUGGCCUUAGUUCCAGGUAGAGUAAUAAGCUGCCAGGUUGCGUGACAGACCAGCCAGUGGCAGGCUGUGGAAGGGGUGGCCGGUAUCACUAGCACAUGCUGCUAUAACUCACCUAACGGCCAUACUCUCUGGAAUCUUGUUGGAUGCUGCCCGCUCUAUUCUUCUGUGACCAGGACCCCCCAACCAUGCACAUGCCAACUGACUUGAUGCUUAAUAAAACUGCUGCUGCUUAUUUGGUUCUAUUUAAUGUGUAAUUUAAAUAUUAAACCUUUUUAACAGAACUGUCAA